GCCAGAUGAGGCGGGCCCCGGCGGACGACCCUGACUCGGCCAGCUCGGCCCCUCUGAAGCGGCCACGCUUGGCCACGACCACUGCUGCCACUGCUGCUACUACAGCCACUGCCCCGGGGGAAGGUGCUCUUUUUGCCCUUUCCAGCCAUGAGGCCCCGCCUGGGUCGGAUUUGACCCUCUUCCAGCAGGAUACCCUGCAGGAUUUGGGCCGACGAACGGACCCGGUGCUGCAUCUACAUGGUAUCGCUCGUGAGGUGGGCGUCUCGCCGACGGUCGCUCUGUGGCACCUGGCGCGCCUGUGUCCGGAGUACUCUCCGCCGGUCAUUCGGGCCCUCACCCCGGAGAUAGAGGCCACCCUGGCCGAGCUCGUCCAACUUGACCCACCCCCGCAAUUGAGCUACAUUUGCCAGCGCGUCGGCCUUACUUUGGCCCAGGUGCGCCACAUUUUGGCCUGCCUUUUCCCGGAUUUCCGGCCUCGAACAGCCAUGCUCUCCUUCGAACAGGAGACCCACCUGCUGGACCUGGCCCAGAUGCGGCCCCCGUUGCCGGUGGCUGCCAUCGCUGCCGAGGUGGGCCUGUCGACCGAGCAGACGCGCGGCCACCUCCGGCGACUGGUUCCGGAAUACUGGACACAGGACAUCCCAACAAUGAGCCCCCUGGACCCGGGGAAGCUGGCUCUGCUCCGGCGCCUGACCGCCGAGCCGGUCUUCCCCCCGAGUCUGAAUUACAUCUCCAAUGCCCUUGGCAUGUCGGCGGCCGUGGCCCAGAAGCACAUCCAACUCCAUGUGCCGGGGUUCACCCCGGCACGGACCCUCAUCCCAACCCCGGCGCAAGAGGAGGCCCUUCGCCAGGCGGCUGCCGAUCCAACAUGCCGCACUGUCGUCGACAUGGCCCGGCGUGCUGGCAUCCCGGCCGUGACUGCCCUCCGGCACCUGCCACGCGUGUGCCCGGGCUUCACCCCGCCGCAGGCCUCGCACCUGUCACCGGCGGAUGAGGCUGCCCUGGUGGCCAUGUGCGCCCGACGGGAUCCCAUCCUCUCCGUUUCGGAGAUGGCUCUGGCGCUGGGGGCCGAGCAGAAGGCCGUUCGCAAGGCCAUCGCCCGGCUCUGCCCGGACCAUCGCCACCCGAGUAGCACUCGUCCUUGUGCGCGGGUGAAUGCGCGCAUCGGCGAGCUGGCUGCCCAAAACCCGACCUUGAACAUACUGGAGCUGGCCAGCCUGGCCGGCGUGUAUCGCGAGUACCUUACCCUCCAUAUGCCGCAUCUUCGCUCGGACACGCCCAGCCCCAACACCCGUGGCAAAUCCAAAGCUCGCCAGGCCGGUCCCCUUGCUCCCGAACUGGAGGCACGUCUCGAGGCCCUGCUGGCGCAGAAUCCCCUGCCGCCAUUGAAUUACAUCGCCGCGGAGCUCGGCACCUCGGCUCCGUUUGCCCGAAGGCAGGUUCGUCGCCUUUUUCCGGAGUAUGACGGCAUGGUGGCUCGGUGGCUCUCGGCUGCCCAGUUGCGGGAUUUUUUGCGCCUCUGCCAAAGCACGCCCGCGGCCCGGCUGUCGCACUUGACCGAGCGCUUUGGCCUGGCCGAAUCGACCGUCUUGUGGAUUGUGGCCAGAUUGCGGCGACGCCAUCCGGACUUGCGGGUCGAAUUGCCCGACGCCACGCCGACCAUCAAGAGCCGCAUUUUGACCUUGGCCCGAACCGGCACCAAGGACUCCCGAUUUUCCAUGGCCGCCAUCGCAAAUGAGCUCCUCGUGCCGGAAUCCCUCGUGCGAAAGACCCUCCAGCGGCACCUGUCCCGGGCCCCUGCCGGAGCGCGGUCCCACCAGCUGGCCGAUGCGCGGCCCAAGCACCAGCCCUCGGCCAUGGAAAGCCCCCACAGGGCGCCUCCCCUCCCGGAGGGCUCCCAGCAGGACAACCUCGAAGUCCCGAGCUUGGACAACCAGGCAAGCGAUGGCGAGCCGAUGGACGGUGUCUCGGCCUCACUUGUGGGCUCGCAUUCGGGUGCUGAGCCCGUUUCAUUGGCCACCCUGGCCUCGGACAUUCCUCCGGUCGCCGUAUCCUCGCCUGGCCACUCACCCGCCGCAGGGUUGUCCUCUCGGAAUACGCCGACCCCUGGAUCAAGCACACGGGCCUUCUCCUCCCUCCAGGAGCAGGCCGAGCUGGUGGACAUGGCCCGGCGGCGACUCAGUCUUCGCGCCAUCGCCCGGCACUUUGGCGUCCAUCCCCAAACUGUGGCCACGCACCUUCGGCGGCUGUUUCCCGACUAUCAGGCUGCCCGCCAGGAAGCCCUCCUGUCAAACAUCCAAAGCCGCCUGGGGGAGCUGGUUGCACAUAGACCGGUCCUUUCGGUGACGCAAAUCGCCACCGAAAUCGGUCUCAGUGUGACCGCGACACGGGGACACCUUCGCAGGCACUUCCCGGAGUAUAACCCGCCCACCGCUCUCAGUGACUCCCGGCUUCGGACCCUGAUGGAGUUGGCCGCGCGUCAUCCGCCGAUGCCAGUGAAGCGCAUCGCCCGCGAGCUUGGUCUCCACUGGACCAUUGUCAAGCGGUGUUUGCUGGAAUAUUGCCCGGACUACCGGUCUCCGAACAUGCUGCGGGCAGCAUCCACCGAGCCAGCCGACAUCACCAUCCCAUCCUCCGACCAUACGCUUUCCGAUCCGGCAGACCAGCCGCCCUCGGAAGAGAAGCCCCUCUUCGAGGGGGGAACAUAGAAGCCCGGACCACUUUACCUGCUUGUUCCACUCC